AUGGUUCUCCGGAGAGGGAGAUGGAGUACAGCGGCAUCGAUUGUGGUGGCGCUCGUCGUCGUGGCGUCGUCGGUCGCGGAGCCGCCGGCGCCGGAGAGGGAGAUGCAGGAGGCGCUGAGGGCGCAGGGGCUGCCGAUCGGGCUGCUGCCGCGCGGGGUCAGGGGCUUCAAGAUCGACGGGGAGGGGCGGUUCGAGGCGUUGCUGGCGAGCGCCUGCAACGCUCAAUUCGAGAACGAGGUCCACUACGACGCCAACGUCACCGGAACCCUAAGCUACGGCCGGAUCGCCUCCGUCUCCGGGAUCUCCGCUCAGGAGCUCUUCCUCUGGUUUCCCGUCAAGGGUAUCCACGUCGACUUGCCCAGCUCCGGCAUCGUCUACUUCGACGUCGGCGUCGUCUUCAAGCGGUUUUCGCUCUCCCUCUUCCAGACCCCGCCGGAAUGCAGAGCUAACCCUCCGGAGGCUGGGGGGACGCCGGCGGCUGCCGUCGACGGGGUCCAUCCCUCUCUCCUCCUCUCCGGAGUCCCUCCGGGCCAUCCCCGUUCGCGCCUGCAGAUUUGA